AUGCCGAUCAACCAACCCUCCAACCAGAUCAAGCUGACCAACGUCAGUCUGGUCCGCAUGAAAAAAGGCAAGAAAAGAUUCGAGAUCGCAUGUUACAAGAACACCAUCACCUCAUUCCGCGCCGGCAACGAGACCGACCUCGACAACGUCCUUCAGAUCCAAAAUGUCUUCCUCAACGUCUCCAAAGGCGAAGUCGCUCCCAAUGACGACCUCAAAAAGGCCUUCCCGGGUCUCACCCGUGAUCAGGUCGUCCUGGAAAUCUUGAAGAAGGGUGAAAUUCAAAUCGGCGAGAAAGAGCGAUCGCAGGAGCUGGAGCGUGUUCACAAGGAGGUCAUCGACAUGGUCGCGGGCAGAUUGGUCGAUCCGACCUCGAAGCGGGUCUACACCACAGGCAUGAUCGAAAAGGCGCUCGACCAACUGAGCAGUCAAGGCGGCCACGCCGGGAGGAACGCCGGCAAAGGACAACCGGACACAUCGGAUCGCAGCAAGAGUCGAGACCAAGGCGGCGCAGACGCAGGAUCCACGUCCAAAGGAAAAGCCGCCGCCGCCGCAGCAGAAGAUGCCGACCCUGCGCCCGAAAAGGCCAAACCCCGAUGGACCGGCGUGACGACCAACCGCAGCGCCAAACUCCAAGCCCUCGAAGCCAUCAAAGCCCUGAUCGCCCACCAACCCAUCCCCGUCGCCCGCGCCCGCAUGCGCCUCCGCAUCACGUGCCCGCUCAGCGUGCUCAAGCAGAACGUCAAGACUCCGCCCAGGUCGGAAGGCGAGGAGGCCACGACCAGCAGCGUCAAGGAGAGGCUCCUGGGCUACGUCGAACAGGUCGAGAGCCAGGACAUCGCCGGCGAGGAGUGGGAGGCGGUCGGCUUCGUGGAGCCCGGCAGCUUCAAGACGCUGAGCGAUUUCAUCAGCACGCAGACGAAGGGGCGGGCGAGGGCGGAGGUGUUGGAUAUGGCGGUCACGCAUGAAGGCGAUUGA